AUGGAAAACAAUAUGUUGCAAACAAACUUUGGGGCCUCUAACUUACUCUUGCGUAGAAGGAGCAAGAAUGAUGACUUCUUUUCUGAUAUCCACAUGGAGGCGAAAAGGCUCAAAUUAUUUGGCUUUGAUGUGGAUCCUUAUGCCCAGGGUGAGAAAUAUAUGAAAAAAUUUGAAAGGCAGGGAAGUGUUAGGUCCUCUGACAAAGAAUUGUUGGGGAUGGAGAAAUCUUUUGAAGAGAAAAGUUCAAUAUGUGAACCAGCACAGAAGAGGUAUGUAUGUGUGUUUUGUCUUAAGGAGUUUUCAAGCUCGCAGGCAUUUGGAGGCCACCAAAAUGCCCAUAAGAACGAGAGGCUAAAGAAGAAACUAAUGCAGCUUCAGGGAGAGGGGGCUAGCUUCAAUGCUUACCUUCAACCUCUCCAAAGUCACAGUGGUUUCCUUCCCGGUCAUUCUUCCCCAUGUUUCAUUGACUUUUCUUCUUGUGCACCUGAUAUAACACACCACAAGGAGUCUCAGAUUGGCUUGAAUUCCUUGGAUCAAGAUCAAAACUUAUACAGUGGUGCAUCUUGUGUCUUCAAGCCGAUAGCUCAGGCUUCUCAUGGCCGAUUUGAACAACCAGCAGUCAUCAAACCUUUGCCAUCCUAUGUUUCAAAGAAAAGCUGUCAGAGUCUGUGUAUUCGAUUAGGCUUGCCCAAUGCAGCUCCUCCAGAAGCGCAUGCUAUACAGUUUGGGAAAUCUAAACAGUGCUUAUCCUUCUCCCCUUUUGAUUUUUAUGAUUCUCAAAGUGAAAAAGAUGGGUGA